UCCAUUGAAGCAGAUUCUGAGCUUUCUCACCUCCAUUGAAGCAGCUUCGAGGGUUUGUCAUUGAAGCGCGCACGGCUCCACCUCCACCAUCAUUCAGCUUUGCAGAACCAGUCAUAAACUCAGCCCAUUCCUUCCUUCCUCUCUCCUUCUAACAUUAUGAAUUCAUGAAAAUUAACUUCCAGUAGAUUCAAGCAUAAACGAAGUUCUUAUUUUCGUAUUUGAUUGGGAGAAUAAAAUGUAUUGAGCAUUUGGGUGAGAUUGAAACUCUAGAAAAAUGGCGAAAUGUGGGACUGUGCCAUCAAAUUUUAAGCUGCAAUUGCAAACAAAUGGGUCUUGGUUCAAACCCCAGAAUUCAUACCCCAAAAAUUUUCCAAGAAAUUAUAGGUCUGCAUCACUUCCUUCAUGGAGAGUCAGCAAGCGUAGUACUAUGUCUUUUGCAGUUACUUUCAUAACUCCUGUUUUUAAUGGAAGUCCCAUGAGGUGUAGCUGCUUGGGAACUAUGAUGGACUUUGAGAGUGCUGCUGCAUCUAGCUGGGUCCCUGUCAUUGACCAAGUGCUUCUGAUUGCUAGUGUAUUCUUUGCUUAUAUGGCUGGAGUCAUUCCUUCUGGGGCUCUUACACCACAAUUGCAAUAUAAGUUAUUGAUUUUGAGAUUAAGAGGUUGGAAGUUUUUUAGGUGACAUGCUUGAUUUCUAUUAGUAGUUUUGCUAAAACUGUGAGCAUGUUUCCGGCCUGCCCUUGCAAUUGGUUUGUUGUGAGAUGACUGUGGUUCUUGAACUUAGGAGAACUUUUGAGAAUCUACUUUUGAGAUGCAUUAUUUACCUAGAAGGGUAGAACAAGAAUUGAUUUUUAAAGGCUUUGGUUUAAGAGGCUAUGUCUUUUUAACUUGAUUUCUCUUGAUUGUGUGAUUAAAUUUGGAAUACCGUUUUACUAAACCCAUAUAUAUUUUUGGUACUCUGUCAAGACUAGAGGUGAGGGAAGGGGGGG